AAUCACAGGUUUCUUACCUUUUCCUAUUCAAAACAUUUUUCUACACUUAAAACUAUAUUUUAUGUUAGAUUGAAGCCUUUGGAAAAUAGGAUCGCAAGAAGGAUCCUGAGGAUAAAGUGGAUUCCCACCGGGAUAACUUUUUCCAAGGAAGACAAGUGCGUCGACGUCAGUCCGUGAUUUAUUAUCCAAAUAUGACGGUUUACAGCCAGCGGUCUUUGAUGGUCCUUGCUUUAUUAGGGAUCCUAUCUGGGAUUAUGUCUCAGCUAUCGGUCAAUCUGAUUUUCCAUCUACAAACACAGCAGAUUGCUGUGAAGGAAUCUCCCCCCACCAUCUCCAUCGUGCCAACUAAUGUUUGGGCAGUGCUGAUGCCAGUGUCUACAGUGCUUUCUGCUAUGUCUCUCACGCUCAAUUUGAGCUCUGUAGUGGUCUGCCUUAUGCACGGCUACUUUACAACCGAGAUAUGCAGAGGAGAAGAUGAUACGGAAAGGUACAUCCAUCAACAUACCUAUACUUAGGAUGUUAUUUGUUGUAGGCUAACAUUUAUCACUGAUGCACCUGUAGUUUAUUUCGUUGAAUAAAUGUGCUUCAAUUAGCCUAUAUUGAAGUUUGAUAUUGAUAUAAAUUAAAAUAAGAAUACUACAUUCUUAUAAAUUCAUAACUUUCAGUGUGUGCAGAGGCUGCUUGACCGAGCCUUAACUCUAAACUCAGUAUGAAUCCUGGACAAACAAAAGCAUUCCCUCAUUAUGCACCCAGUGCACGGCCCCCUACGUUGGCGUAGAAACGUGCCUGUGCGUUUCAGGACUUUUAUUUAGCUUCUGUGCCCUCCAGUGCAAGUAAUGACAAAGCAUUCUGUUUAAAACCAUCAAUUUUGAGCAGAAAAGUAUCCCACAUGAUAAAACAAAUUAUGGACACAAGGCCUAAUUGCAACCUUGAAUGUAUUUAUUUUGGUCUAAAUACAUAAUACGUAAUUUAGCACUUUCCAAAAACAGUAUGAUCAUGUCACUGAUUGCGUUUUCUUCAUUUCCUCCCAUAGAGCAGACUGGUUCCUAUUGGAUAGCCGAGCUGUCCGACAUGUGGCCAUCGGACUAUUUUGCCUUGGGGUUUCAGUAUACUUAGCAGGUAAGACCUACAACAAAUAACAGUAAGGCCUAUUUAAUGACCAGAACAUAUUGUAGACUAAAGGAAUCUGCAUGCAGCUGGUCUUAACGUGUCACCCCAAGCUCCUUGGCAAUAUCAAAAGUAACAAACUGCUACAUACAGCUCUGGAAAAAAUUAAGAGACAACUGCAAAUUUUUCUUAAAUCAGCAUCUCUACAUGUAUGACUUCCAUUUCAGUGUCUGUUGAAUUCCAACACAGGCACACCUCAUUCUACUGAAUUAGGUACUGAUUAGGUGAUCACAUGAACCAAAUCUUAUUUAACGAGGAAAAGUAUAAAAUCCACUGCUGUGGUCAUCACUAUCCUCUUGCAAUAGCACCAGCUGGAUGGCAAAAACAGUGCUAAUAGUACCUCAAAAGUAAUCUUAAUCAAAAAAUAACUAUUGACCAUGCCAAAAGAGUUGAAAAGGAAUGUUGAGUGAGGAAAAGAAGGGUUCAAUUCUGGCUUUGCUGGCAGAGGGAUACUGUGAGCGUCAGGUUGCUUCCAUCCUUAACAUUUUAAAGACAGCGGUUCAUAAGAACAAGGUCAAGCAGCAGACAUUGGGGACAACAAAGCUACAGACCGGCAGAGGGCGAAAACUACUCUCUACUGACCGGGAUGACCGCCAACUCAUUCGAAUGUCACUCAACAACCUUAGGAUGACAUCAAGUGACCUACAAAAAGAAUGGCAAAUGGCAGCUGGGGUGAAGUGCACGGCGAGGACGGUUCGAAACAGGCUCCUAGGGGCAGGGCUGAAGUCGUGCAAAGCUAGAAAAAAGCCCUUCAUCAAUGAGAAGCAAAGAAGAGCCAGGCUGAGGUUUGCAAAAGACCAUUAGGAUUGGGCCGUAGAGGACUGGAGUAAGGUCAUCUUCUCUGAUGAGUCCAAUUUUCAGCUUUGCCCAACACCUGGUCGUCUAAUGGUUAGACGGAGACCUGGAGAGGCCUACAAGCCACAGUGUCUCGAUUUUACAUUUUAGUCAUUUAGCAGACGCUCUUAUCCAGAGCGACUUACAGUUAGUGAGUGCAUACAUUUUUUUUCAUACUGCCCCCCGUGGGAAUCGAACCCACAACCCUGGCAUUGCAAGCGCCAUGCUCUACCAACUGAGCUACCAGUCUCGCACCCACUGUGAAAUUUGGUGGAGGAUCGGUGAUGAUCUGGGGGUGCUUCAGCAAUGCUGGAAUCGGGCAGAUUGUCCUGGAAGAAAACUUGCUUCCUUUUGCUCUGACAUUGUUCCCUAACUCUAAGAAUUGGUUUUUCCAGCAGGACAAUGCGCCAUGCCACACAGCCAGGUCAAUCAAGGUGUGGAUGGAGGACUACCAGAUCAAGACACUGUCAUGGCCAGCCCAAUCUCCAGACCUGAACCCCAUUGAAAACUUCUGGAAUGUGAUCAAGAGGAAGAUGGAUGGUCACAAGCCAUCAAACAAAGCCGAGCUGCUUGAAUUUUUGUGCCAGGAGUGGCAUAAAGUCACCCAACAUCAAUGUGAAAGACUGGUGGAGAGCAUGCCAAGAUGCAUGAAAGCUGUGAUUGAAAAUCAGGGUUAUUCCACCAAAUAUUGAUUUCUGAACUCUUCCUUAGUUUAAACAUUAGUAUUGUGUUGUUUAAAAAUGAACAUGAACUUAUUUUCUUUGCAUUAUUCGAGGUCUGACAACACUGCAUAUUUUUUGUUAUUUUGACCAGUUGUCAUUUUCUGCAAAUAAAUGCUCUAAAUGACAAUAUUUUUUUGGGGAAAUUGGGAGAAAUGUUGUCAGUAGUUUAUAGAAUAAAACAAACAUGUUAAUUUCACCCAAACACAUACCUAUAAAUAGUAAAACCAGAGAAACGCAUAUUUUUGCAGUGGUCUCUUAAUUUUUUCCAGAGCUGUAUUUGGUAGCGUUAUGAACACAGUAGUCACCCCACAUAACUCUAUUCCACAUCAAGUAACUCAAACAAGCAGAAAAAUCAGAUUUUAAAAAAUUGACAAAAAUACACCUUAUGGAACAGUGAGGACUGUGAAGGGUCACACACACAGGUACACCUGGAUUGUGUGUUGUAGUAGAGUAGUGGACAGAGGGCACACAAUUAAUAUAUUGUGAAAUGUGUUGUAAGAUUUAUUUUAAUGUUUAAAAAUUAUAUUAUAAUGUAUAUUACUGCAUUGAUUUUUGCUGGACCCCAGGAAGAGUAGCUGUUGCCUUUGCAACAGCUAAUGGGGAUCCAUAAUAAAUACAAAUUAACCUCACGUGCAAGCACUUAAUUUAGCUAAAGCAGAUACAUUUAUCAGACAUUAUAUAAGUUUAGACCAACUGCUAAACAAUUAACAGCUUGUACCAAAUAGUUGUGUGACCCUAGAAAGGACAACUUCAUUUAGAUUCCUACAGAUAUAUUCCAGUUAAUUUGCAGCAGAGGCAAAAGUCACUACUUUCAGAGUCCCUCCAAUUGAUUGAUACACAAGGCCCAGAACAAUGGCGUCUUUGACUGACGUGCAUUACUGAAAUGUCUUAAUGCAGGUCCUGGCAAAGCAAAGCUGCUGGCUUUCCAUUCCAUUGAGUCCCUUGUUGGCGGUUGGGGCUGUGGGGGCAGUGCACCAUUGUGAUGGUAGGGUGAAUGACCUCCUGACCCUACAGCUCCCUUUCAGAGGGAACUGAGCCAGAGCCUCACUGCAAUGCCACAAUGUCAUCAUCAUAUCCCAGAGCUGUGUUUCUCUCCUCCCUCCUUCAGCACUCUUGGGUCUGUGGUUCUUCUCCUGCUGAGAGAUGUCCAAUAUAGUAAAAGACACAAAAACACAACCAUGGCAAUGCACUACAUUAGAGUUAUUCACCCCAGGGAGAAAAAGGGAUCUGAAAAGUGAUCUUUCUUACAGUGUAUAGACUAAUCUUUCUGUACCUGUCACUGUGUCCAUCUCCCUCUCUUCUUCUGUUUGUCUGUCACUCUCUGUCCCUCUCUCUCUGCUGCAGCUAUGUCCAUCUACAUGCUGCUGGUGUUUGAGGUAGAGACAGGCAUCGCCAGCGCAUGCGUCCUGGCCUCAGGAAUCCUGAUUCUGCUAGUGAUCGUGAUUCACUCCCUGGUCAAAGCCGCCCGUACCGCCCAACACUACCGCGGUGGGGAACACACCGACACCCUGUACCAGAACCAGCACAGUGGGAGCACCACUGCCGCCCGCCAACGCGAGCUCCAAGAUGGGGAUAAACCCAGGAGGCACCACAACAACUCCCAACUCCACCGGCAUUUGUCCUACCCUCCUCCCUGCACUGACCCUAAGCAGCAUCACCAGCAUCAGUACUCCCCAUCCCACAGCCCUCAGAGCCACGGCAGUGACAAGGAGGGCUACAGUAGUGGUGGGAGUGGUUCUAGAAUGCACAGAACCCUGUCGACAGAGUCUGGGCUGCUGCAGUCUCCAUCUAAGCCGUGGAAUGGCAUUAACAAUGAGAUGCGGAGCGUGCUGGCCCGCAAGUCAGGAGCCUCCAGUAAAGACUCUACUCUGGUGUGA